AGAAAUGUCGCUCGAAGAGUCCAGGCGGUCGCAGAGGCCUUAUCGGUAUGGAAUGGUCUUACUGUGCGUCGGUGCGCUUAUCAACUGGUUAGGACUCGCUGAGAAUUAUGUCGAGCCUGUCAGAUAUGUCGGGGUGGCUUGUAUUGUCGCUGGCGCGCUUUUAAUUUGUGCCGCCAUGUGUUGUUGGCUUCACGCGCCCCCUGUCAGAACUAAUGUGGGCACGCAUGGCUCUAAUCAUCCUAACACUAUCCAAAUUUUGAUGAAUAUUUAUUGUCUAGAGGGUAGUUACCCCGGAUCAAUGAAUGAUGUUGAAGAACCAGCAAGUGUCGCUCGACAAAAACCUCCAGACUAUGAUGCGGUAGCAGAUGCACCGCCUAGUUAUGAUGACGCUAUUAAACUUAAUCCAGGACAAUUAACAACUCGCGCUAGUAUCAGCGGGAUUUCGCCGAUUUUACCGGGUAUGAUUACAAUGUCGAAUAAUAGCUCCGCGACAAGUGGAAUUUCCAAUGACCAACCGACUGCUCCUACACCACCGCCUGCGUACGCCAGGUAA